AUGUUUCUUGUGAGAGCAUCUCUGCUGCCGGUUCCAGCGAGUGUAUUUGGACAUGUGCGGACGGGGAAGGCAGGGGCGCCGAGCUCCACCGCGUCAAUUCUCUCCAGGGAAGCGCUGCUACGCGGUGCGGCGUCUCCCUGGGUAACCCUGACAGGCGUGCGCAUGUUUGGUGGUCGCGCGGGAGGUUUGAAGCGGCGGAAGCCGCGGCGAGAUCCAGGACGAGUGAUCCAGUCGGGGCUGGGCCGCAGACAGGAGUUUUUUUGGCCAGAAAAAGCGCGGCGGACGCGCGUGCCACUGUACCAGAAUUCUCGGCCGAACCUGAUUUACGAUCAGCGGUUUCGAAGAUUCAUGUGCAUGUGGUACGCCAGCGGCGUCCAAGUGUUUCGGCCGUUCUCCUGUCGCGGCAGAAAAGGCGGACGCGGAAAGGAAGGACUACCUGACGGGCUGGGUAUCGGCCGAGGAGCAGGCACGUGGGAGCGCGCGCGCGCGAAGGCGGUUGUGCUCCUCAAGCAACUGAAGCGGCAAGGACAUUUGGACAAACUCGCGAAACCUGACAUCACGCGCAGCGGUGUGCGAGGCGUCUACUUCGAUACUGAGGAGAAACUCUGGGUGGCGACUUGGAAUGAACACGGGCUGAGGAGAUUCAAGGCGUUCCCGACCAUGGAAAUGGGUUUCGACGCCGCGUACGCAGCGGCCGUCGCGGUCCGCAGGCAAAAGCUGCGAGAAAACUACAUCUUCUGCAUGCAGCGGAACAGAAAGAAAUCCGGAAGACCGCCUUUCAAAUGA